GUUAAAAACACCAACCACAUUCUCGUAACCAGAAGAAACCCCACUUCUCCACAGCUCAUUCAGAGAUACCCUUUCCAGUAACAAGAUAACCUCUAGUAGCAAGUACAGUGCCUGUUAACGCUGUCAAAGAAGCACUUUCCGUGCGCGCCGCUUGACCUGGCAGCGACAAAUAGCAGUCCUACCGCUUUGGGCCUCGUAGCGGCAUUGGUUGUUCUUGUUAGAGCAGUAUCCAUCAUAAUGAAUCAGGGUACCAGCUUCGCCGUCUUCAGCGGCGACAUCGACUUCACCAGCUUCAUCAGCAAUGUUGGCUUCUUCAAAGACGUUGGCCUCAGCAACGCCAGCUUGAAUGGCUUCGUCUCUCACGUCCAGAGAGUUGGAGUCAAAGUCGACUGGGCUGGCCACCACGCCUAGGGCAGUGAAGAGGGCGAAACCCAAAGAAGUGAGAAUAGUGAGCUUUAUGGUGAGCAACUGGAGUUUGUAACUGUUUUUCUGUUGGUCUGGCUGUUUAGUUGAUGAUUUCAAUGCUGGAUUGAGGCUGUCUUAUAUAACCACCCCCCCCAGGCUGUCUGUUCCCUGCAAUUGAGUCUCUUCAAGAGAAUAAUCUCUUAUUCCAGUUCCACUAGCAGUGUCCACCCGUAUUCGUAGCAAUCUGACGUGAGGUAAUCAGUCGUGUGCAUAUCGUACUAUGUGCGAUCCAUUCUCAUCCCCAAAUCGAGUCAAUGGGUCCGAAUAGACAUGUAAACUCAUAUCCACUGCGGAGAUUUUCAAGCAACGACGAUC